GCGCAGUCCACCUUGACGCAGCGUCGCAGGUUCUCGGAGCGGACGGAAUGGGACAGUGAUCCGAACCACCGGUUGAUCGAAAUCUGCUGUGGUGACGUCAGCAUGGCUCAGAAGGCUCUGGUUCUGUACCACUUUGCAGCGGAGCCUGGACAUAAUGAGCUGUCUGUCAGAGAAGGCGAGAUGGUCACCAUCAUUGACCAGACUGUAGGGGGAGGCUGGAUUGCAGCUCAGAACCACAACGGACAAACUGGACUUGUACCUGAGGGGUAUUUACAGAUUGGAGGCGGAGACUCCUGGUCAGGGGGCGUGGCUUCCAUCAGUAACUCUCAGGGAUGGGACAGCCGAGCACCAUCAUGUCAAGCAGGUGCAGAGGAUGAUGAUGGCGAGUGGGAUGAUGACUGGGAUGACCAAUCAAUGUGCAGUUACCAUGGAAAUGGUCACAUGGAAGAGGAGGCAGGGGCCUCUGGGCAAAUAACUCAUGGUCCCUCGGUCAAGAUCUCCCUCAACAAGUUCCCGUUCUCCAAAGGUCCAAGUCCAGAAGUCUUUCUGUUGUCCAAACCUCCUGCUAACAGCAGAGACAGACUUCCUGUUUAUAUGGGAGAGGUGGGUCCAGUCUGGCUGUAUUCGACCUCUCCUCUGGACUGCAUCAUUGCCGAUCCAAAGAAAGAGUCCAAAUUAUACGGACUCAAGAGCUUCAUAGAGUACCAGAUCACACCGAACACCACCAACAGAACUGUCAAUCAUCGCUACAAGCACUUUGAUUGGUUGUAUGAGCGUCUGCUGGAGAAGUUCGGCUCGCUGCUGCCCAUACCCUCUCUGCCUGACAAACAGGUGACAGGUAGGUUUGAAGAGGACUUCAUCAGGAUGAGGAUGGAACGUUUGCAGGCCUGGAUGACGCGCAUGUGUCGUCACCCUGUUGUCUCUCAGAGUGAAGUCUUCCAGCUCUUUGUCACUUAUAAAGAUGAAAGGGAGUGGAAGGCAGGAAAGAGGAGGGCAGAGAAAGACGAGACGGUCGGUCCAAUGAUGUACACUCUGAUUGAACCUGACGCAGCAGAACUCGACGUGAGUCAGGUUGAACAGAAGUGUGAGCAGUACAGUCGGUUUACAAAGUCGAUGGACGAUGGAGUCCGAGAGCUGCUGAACGUUGGGAACUCUCACUGGAAACGCUGCACUGGACCGCUGCCUAAAGAGUACGAGCGAAUCGGCCGAGCCUUUCAGAACCUGUCUAACGUCUUCAGCAGCAGCAAGUAUCCAGGAGAGGAGACACUGACGAACGCUAUGACAGCUGCAGGAAAAACCUAUGAGGAAAUUGCUCUCAUUGUUGCACAGCAGCCUCAGAAGGAUCUCCACUUCCUGCUAGAGACCAACAGCGAGUACAAAGGCCUGCUCGGAUGCUUCCCGGAAAUAGUCACUGUACACAAGGCUGCAGUAGACAAAGUGAAGGAAGCCGAUCGUUUGGUUUCUACAGGAAAAAUCAGCAGCAGCGACAGGAAGUACAUAAACCAACGCAUCAGUGGCAUGAGCUACGCACUGCAGGCUGAGAUGAAUCAUUUCCAUAGCAACCGUAUCUACGACUAUAACCGAGUGAUGCAGCUCUACCUGGAGCAGCAGGCCACCUUCUACCAACAGAUCGCAGACAAGCUGAGAGAAGCUCUGAGUCGUUUCACCACGCUGUGAAGGUGGAGCCUGAUGAUGUAAGCGUCACAUGACCCGGUCCGCUCCAGAUGUAACAAAAUAAAAUCUUGUUGUG